AUGUUGCUUGCUGAAUCUGUCCACAACAACGUAAAUGCUUCAGAGGGUUCAACUGAUGUUCGUCCAUCGGCCUUUCGAGUUUUGUUUGACGAUGCAGGAGUACCCGGGACGAACCUUGGGCGUGCUUCGCAGCACAUAGACCUCAAUGGCGCCAUCUGGAGGCCAUGUGCGGGCCCUCCACUGAGCCACCCACUGCAGUGA